CGGCCCACUCACCUCUCGCGGGUGCACAUCACUCCGCCAACUGCCGGAGUGGCUGCGAACUUCCGCGCCCGGUGUGCCCACGGCCGCAGCCCACCCGCCGCCCGAGCGCCACCCUUUCGGCGUGACCCAGGGGCUGUCCUGACGAAGGGACCCUCUUUCGGAUCCGAGUUUCUGUCUCUGUCCUUCAGUGUUCCCUUGUGUCCAGCACCUGUAUUCUUAGAUUAUACUCCUCAACUGAUUUCUCGAUGUUUACAACCCGGCCGGCUGAGGCUGGGGCAGAGUCCCGAGCGACCCAGCGUGAGGUGGGUCUGCAACUGAAGGUCCAGCAUCCCCGCGAAGCCUGCUCUGGGAUAGCUCAAAUGUGUUUUUUCUACCGCCACGCCUGCCGACCUGGGUCAGGUCGGAUCGUUACGCGGAGGCGGCGGCCUCGCGAUGUUUGGUGUGCUCGGAGUCACUCCAAGGCCUGACAGCGCCAGUGUCGAGGAAGGGUGUACACUUCACCUACUUCAUCCAAUAGUCACCAAAGAAAACACCAUGAAAGAUACAGAUAUCAAGAGACUACUGUAUACCCAUCUUUUAUGCAUAUUUUCAAUUAUCCUAAGCAUCUUCAUUCCAUCAGUAUUCUUGGAGAACUUCUCAAUAUUGGAAACACACUUGACGUGGUUGUGUAUCUGUUCUGUUUUUGUAACUGCUAUCAAUCUAGUAUUAUAUUUGGUAGUGAAACCAAAUGUGUCUUCUAAAAGAAGUUCAUUAUCACAUAAGGUAACCAGAGUUUUGAAAUGUUGUAUCUACUUUCUUUUGUCUUGCUUUUCCUUUCAUGUGAUUUUUGUUCUCUAUGGAGCACCACUAAUAGAGUUGGUGUUGGAAACAUUUUUAUUUGCAGUUCUUUUGUCUACUUUUACUACUGUACCUUGUUUAUGUUUGUUAGGACCAAAUCUCAAAGCCUGGCUAAGAGUUUUCAGUAGAAAUGGAGUUACAUCCAUUUGGGAGAAUAGUCUCCAGAUCACUACAAUUUCUAGUUUUGUAGGAGCAUGGCUUGGAGCAUUUCCUAUUCCACUGGAUUGGGAAAGACCAUGGCAGGUAUGGCCCAUCUCCUGUACGCUUGGAGCGACCUUUGGCUACGUGGCUGGCCUUGUUAUUUCACCACUCUGGAUAUACUGGAAUAGAAAGCAACUUACGUACAAGAACAAUUAAUUAGAGCAAAGGGAGAAGAUCGUUCUUUGUGCAGAUUCCACAAGGGCUGUGCAGAAAUGUGUGUGGUCAAAGCCAAGCAGUUCCAUUUACAGCACUGUUUUUUUAUGUAGUUUCGACAUGAUGUGAUUGUAGCUUUUUAAACUAUGAAACCCCUGAGAGAUUGUACCUUCUAGUUGAAAUAAAGUAUUUAUAAUAGAUUGUGGCUUCA